AUGUACUUUACUCUCUACUUCCUCGUCACCCGCCUCCCUGACACUCUUCGUUCAGUCAGGGACCACUUUCUCGCCCUAGACCCUACCACUCUCACUGUCGCCGACUUUGAGAAGCACCUCCUAGCAGCGGAAAAGAGUAUUCUCGCUGUAGGUGCUGCUCGUGGCACUCCUCGCACUCCCCUCUUUGAGGGGUGCUCCCCCUCCCCUCUUGCCCCCUCCUACGCCUCUGCUGCUGCUGCUGUCGACUUCCUUGGGGCAGCAAGGGUGGCAGGGGAGGUGGAGGUGGCGGUGGAGGGGACGGUGGUGGAGGCGGCGGGUGAGGUGGAGGUGGUGGGGGUGGUCGUGGGGGUGGAGGCGGUGGUGGGGGCGGCGAUGGUACCGGGAGCGGUGGAGGUGGCAGCGGCGGUAGUGGGGGAGGAGGGAGCGGUGGUGGCAGCGGCGGUGGGGGCUGGAGUGGGAUCGGCCAGAAAGUGGGCUCCAGUGGUGGCCAGGGGCAGCAACAGCAGCGUCAGCGCGAGACCCCCACGACUCAGCAGCUUUGUGACUUGUGCAUUCAGCGUGGGGCGUCUGGGGGUCCUACCUGCUUAG